AUGGAGGCUACUGCUCUUUUGAUAAAGAAAAAGCCAGUUUUGCCUGUUCUUGCAAGCCGCCAUGGACUGGAAAAAAAUGCGAAAAAGGUAAGCCUAAAUAGUUCCAAGAGGGUAUUGUUCUCGAAGGAGAAGGGCCUAAACAAAAAAUUCACUUUUAAAGAGGAAGAUUGCAUUUGACAUGCGCACUGGGAUUCACGGAUCAAAUUCCUGGGCCACAUUGGAGGCAAUUACUCUCACCUCUGCGCCUUCCCUUGCUACCCACAAUCAACUUGCACUUGCAGUCGACUCAUUUCCAGUGUUGAGGCUGCAGUACAAUUCUUAUGCGGAGUACAGGACAUGUUGUAAUGAAUAAUGAAGCACUCGUAUCUUGUAAAAACUAUAAGUCUGAAAAUAGGUUUUAUAUUAACGCCUGGAAUAACGAAUCAAAGUAAUUACUGGGAACCUUAAUUCUUAUUGCAGUUGUGUCAUCAUGCAGCGAUUUAAAGAAGGGCGACCUUGCAGCAGCGAGUACAGUAUUGAUCCAGAUGGCGAGGGAGAUCUGGAGCCAUUCUCAGUGUACUGUGACAUGACCUACAAGACUAGCGUUGGCGUGACAGUCAUCAGUCACGACAGUGAGAACCGAUCACUUGUGAUCGGAUAUGAACCCUCUUGGAACUAA